CAGGGGCUGCUGACCAUGAUGUUUCACCUGCUCUCCCUUUUCCGUCUGCUAGCGUGUCCCGCUGCACAGGAGCGAGAGGCCGCCCCGGAUGCCCACGGCCAGCCCGUGGCCUGGCUGGACGCGUGGGCGUCGUGGAGGAUUUCAGAGGUAGCCUUGAAAGCAGUAAUUCCUCACUCUUUUCCCCCCCUCGGCAGCUCGGACUCCACUGAUAAUUUUGAGACCCCUGAAGCAGAAACACCGAGCUGCUCGCCACUCAAGGAGUUCUGCGAGCCACCGGGACCGCCAGAGUCCGGGACCCAAGAGCCAGGUGACCUGCUGCUAGGGGAAGUCCACCGGGACAGCUCGCCUGGGAAGCACCCCAAAGAUGAGGCUCAAGCAGAGAUUGGAGCCCCUAAAGCCAGUUUGGAUGCUGAAGGGGAAGCUGAGCCUGACAAGUCGCCCCUGAUGCAGCCCCUGGCCGGGCUGGGCUGCAGGGCUGACCCUGGGCCGGCUGCUGUGCCCGCUGUGCUGCCAGCCCCCGUGGCCCCUGUGGGCACUGCCACCCGGCCCAUGGCAGGAGGGGACACAGCUGACACCGGCACGGGGUCGCUGGGGCUGGGGGCUGAUGGCCUGGCCCAGGAGCAGCUCGGGAAAGGGAAAACACCUUCACUGGCGAGGAAAACAGAUGAAGCCACGGAGGAGACACAAACAUCCUACCAGCUUGACCCUGAGCAGCAUGAUGGGAGUGUGAACCCCUUCAUUGCCGGAGCCUGCCAGCUGCAGAGCUCUCCCCCAGCAGCCCCACAAUGCCUUCCCCAUCCCGGGGAGCUGGGGGGGCACCUGGCUCUGGAGGUCCCAGGGCAGGUCCUGAAACCUGGGGCUGAUGUUACAGAGGCUCGAGAGAGCGUGGAGGCCAAGCCAGCUUCGCCCAGGAGGGGCAGCAGGAUCCCGGCCAGCAAGCUGACACCAAAGAGACACAGAGAGUCCCCCAGGAAAGCAGCUGAGGAUGCAGAGAGGGGUCCCACAGAGCCACCUGUGCCCCAGGGCUCCUCCCAGCCAGGUCCCCCCUGCUGGGACAGCCCUGCUCUCGGCUCUCUCAGUGGCAGCUCAGCACUGCAAAGUUCGCCGGUUCUCCCCAAGGGUUCUUACCAGUUUGACCCCAAUAACUUUGACUCCAUGGAUCCGUUCAAGCCCACCAAGACGCUUGCCAGCACCAACGCUGACUCUUGCUCCAGUGCAGAUAACAGCCUCAAUGAAAUCCUCGAGUCUCAGACGCUGGAGAUGCAGGAUGAUGCCCUGAAAGGCACAGACUCCCCCAAGAAGCCCAAGUCACGGCUGAUAACGACUACUGAGCAAGUGAAAUUUCUCUGUUUUCUGUUGAGCGGCUGCAAGGUGAAGCAGCACGAGGCUCAGCCCCUGGUCCUGGACAUGGGCGCUCAGGAUGAAGGAGUGCUGAUCUCAGAAAUCCCAGCCAUUACAAACCGGGAUGGGCGUGCCACUGAUGAGGAGAAGUUGGCCUGCACCAGCUCCAUGCAGAAACCACCUGGGAUGGAGAAGAAGGCCGAGCCAGAAGAUGACCUGGAGUACUUUGAGUGCUCGAACAUCCCUGUGUCUGCAGCAAAGCACAGACCAGAGGCAGGUUUUGAAAGGGAGAUCUGCAAGCAGAUGGAAAAGGGAGGGCCUGGCAUCUUCCCUGACAAUCCCGGGCUGUGCUCCAUGGACAAGUGCCCCAGCAGCGAGAGUCCCCUGGCUGGCAUCUGCCUCAGCGAGUCCGAGAAGGCGGCCGUGCUCACGCUCAUCAGGGAGGAGAUAAUCACCAAGGAGAUGGAGGCCAACGAGUGGAAGAAGAAAUACGAGGAGAGCUGGCAGGAAGUGCUGGAGAUGAGGAAAAUCGUGGCUGAGUAUGAAAAGACCAUUGCCCAGAUGAUAGAGGAUGAGCAGAGGACAAACAUGACAUCUCAGAAAAACCUGCAGCAGCUCACAAUGGAAAAGGACCAGGCUCUGGCAGACCUGAACUCAGUGGAGAGGUCCCUGUCAGAUCUGUUCAGGAGAUAUGAAAACCUGAAGGGAGUCCUGGAAGGAUUUAAGAAGAAUGAAGAAGCUCUGAAGAAAUGUGCUCAAGAUUAUCUAACCCGUGUCAAGCAAGAAGAGCAGCGGUAUCAGGCCCUGAAAGUCCACGCAGAAGAAAAAUUAGACAAAGCCAAUGAGGAGAUCGCCCAGGUGCGCGCCAAGGCCCGAGCGGAGAGCGCGGCGCUGCACGCGGGGCUGCGCAAGGAGCAGAUGAAGGUGGAGUCCCUGGAGAGAGCCCUGCAGCAGAAGAACCAGGAGAUUGAGGAGCUGACCAAGAUCUGCGAUGAGCUGAUAGCAAAACUGGGAAAGUCCGACUGAGCCUCAGCACCCCUCGCCCAGCACUCUGCACUUGGCUGCUUUUCUCGUGACGUCGAGCACCUUGCCUUACCCCGGAGUCCCUGCAGGAGAGCUCAUGUGCCAGGCCUGUGGCUCCUGAGCAGAGCCGCUCCUCUCACCCCCCCUGUCUGCUUCCCACAGCUCUGGGGCUCUGUGGUCAGCCUGGGCCUGCCUGUCCCUCCCAGGGCCUGCCUGUCCCUCUGUGCCAGUGCCACCUCUCAGGCUGGAGGCGACAGUCUGGGCUCUGUCCCACUCGGUUUGCUGGGUCUAGUUGUGUCCCCAGCACACUUUGUCACUUACUGUCCUCUCGUGCUCAGCAGAGCAGGUCCAGCCCCGUGCUGAGUCCUGCCCUGGGAUGUGGGUGGUGGCAGGGGUGCACUGCUGGCUCUGGCCCUGGGAAAGGGAAGCUGGCACUGGGAUGGCCGGGCUCUGCUUGGUGGGUGUAGCACAGCACAGCAUCUCCUGUCCCUGGCUGUGCCAGCCUCAGAGGAAGGGAGUUGACAUCUCUGCAUUUGUGCACUUUAUGAGCAUUUAUGGGCACUUGGGCUCUCUGCUCACUCCUUCCAGACAGGCACGGUGCUGACGCAAGGCACGACUUGUUCCCCCCUAGAGCACUGAAACAGUCACACAACCUGAGUAACUGCAGUCUUCCCAGGGGAGAGUCCUGCUGAGGGCAGCCAGGAGGUUUCUGCACCAAGAGGUGUUUGAGAAGCAGGGGAGGUGUUGGUUCUGGAGAGCAGGGACUGCCUGUCCAUCCUGCCCGUGGCCCCUGCAGGGUUGGGUGACCUCCUGCUGGACACGGACAGAGCCAGGACGUUGCUGUUGUUGUCUGUGCCACGGUGAGAUCAAGGUUCUAUUUCAGAGGCUGCAGGAGGGAGGAGGUGAACCCUGAGCUGCCUCGUGGCUGCUGCAGUAGCUGCAGUGCUGGAGGAUUCUUUGCCUUGAAUGGAUAGGUAUGAAAUAAGGGAAAUAUUUUCAGUUUGGACUGUUUCCUGCCCAGCCUGUCGAAGACUUUAACAAACCUUUUUGCUGCUACCUUUUUCUAACAGAAUUGAGCUCUUUUCCUUCUAUUUUCUAAUUCCCUAUGUUGAGCAUGCAGGGUGAACACCUGUUUAAGCCAGAGCCAUGCACUUGAUUUUGUUUUAUUAGUUAUGUAAUAUAUAGAGGGUUUAUUCUACACUUAAGCAAAGGUGUCAGCAGCCUGCCCCAGCACGCAGCUCCCCUGCUGUUCCCCCCACUCCCAGUUAUCCCAGUAACAGACUGGUCACAGUGGCCGACACCGCUCAAAGCAGUGCACCUGUUGCUUGUGCUGGAUAUUCACCCUUUGCACAGUUGACAGAAAAGAAAACCCCUCUUUUUGACCCCUUUGACCUCCCCACGUGUCCCUCUCUUGGGCUGGUGAAAAAGCUUCAUUAGAACGAUCAAGGAGGAGUAUUUGUGCUGCCCUUGGGGAGUCAGUGCAGGAAAACCCCUGAGACCAGAGAUUGCUUGGGCAGUUGGAUUUUUCUCUUGGGGGAGCAAAAUGCAGCAUCGCAAAACCUCAGAGCUGGUUUGGGGCUGGGGCUGGGCUUGUUCAGAGCUGGGGCUGGGCUUGUUCAGAGCUGGGGCUGGGCUGGGGCUGGGCUGGUUCAGGGCUGGUUCAGGGCUGGUUCAGGGCUGGUUCAGAUCUGGUUCAGGGCUGGUUCAGAUCUGGUUCAGGGCUGGUUCAGAGCUGGUUCAGGGCUGGUUCAGGGCUGGUUCAGGGCACAGGGGCACCGUUCUGCCCACCAUAGCUGGCAGAGCCCAGGUGUGGGAGGGAGGCAGGUCCCAGGUGGGGACUGUGGCAGCCCUCAGCCUUCUGCUUUGCUCAGGGCUGUGAUGCUCACCUGCUGUCAGUUCAGUCUCUCCUCAGGGCAUUGCUCUGGCCCUUGGAGCUGAUGGAUAAUUGCAGAAGUUUAGAUUUCACCGCUCAGCACUUCCCCAGCCCCUGACCUGCACACAGCAGUCACCACUGCAGCUUUCCCUGUGGGCUGUGUGUGAAGCACGGCUCCUCUGUGAUACCCCACGGGGCACAGGCCAUCCCUCCUGUCCCAGUGUCCCUCCCCAGUGUCACCUGGCCCUGCCGUGCUGCUCCCGGUGCUGUACCUGUGCCUGUCCGCACGCACCCCAGUCUGGGCAAAGAAGAUUCCUACGGAAUGAUUUAUUAACUAUAAUAUGGUUACAGUUACAUAUAUAUAAAUACAUGUAUAAUGGGUAUAGCUAUAUAAAAUAGAAGUUUGCCAACAGGCAGGAUGGUUGCACCUCGUGUGCCGCGCUCAGACGUGCUGAGGUGGUGGUGUCCCCAUGCCUGGCGCAGGGAAUGGCGGGUCCCUGCACGUGGUGUCACAGCUGGGUGUGUUUGUCCUCUGUUUCUUGCAGUAGACUUUAAAUGCCCCUUCUGGCAGCAGCGUUCUGCCCCUGCUGCUGCGUUGCUGUUUGCAGUGUGUGUUUGCCAGCAGAGCUGUCUGUAACCAAGUGCCAACCAUAACCCCCAACUACUGAUCUCUUCCCCCGUCCCUCCACUGUGGCCUCCCCCAGGCAGGAACUUCCUCUGCCUUGACUUCUGCUCCUUUGCUUCCAGCCAUGUGUGUAACUGCCAUCGCCAUAGAUUUUAUAUGUAUGACAAUUUCCCUUUUAUAUGUCAGGUAAAUAUUUGUAAGAGUUAUACUCACACAAAUGAGAUUAUUAUAAUGAUUACUAAUAUAUUUUUUCCAUGUUUCAUUGCCUGAGUAAAAACUGUGGUUAUCACUCUUGAAA